AUGCCUUCCAAUAAGGAUGGCACAAAUCAAGAAUAUGAGCAGCAUCCAUUUUUGCUCUCAACCGACUCCCUCGCCCGGCAGCUGGAAACCAACAUCGAAACCGGCCUGAAUGAUGUCCAAGUCAGCCAGCUUCAAGAAAAAUAUGGCGCCAACCGCCUAUCUGGAGAGGGUGGUGCCAAAUGGUAUACCCUGCUGGGAAAGCAGAUCUCCAAUGCUAUGAUAUUGGUCCUUGUCCUCGCCAUGGCGCUCUCAUACGGUGUCUCGGACUAUAUCGAAGGCGGCGUCAUCACCGCUGUCAUCAUCAUCAACGUCCUCAUCGGAUUCUAUCAGGAGUUCAAAGCGGAAAAGAAAAUGGACUCCCUGCGAUCUCUAUCGUCUCCAUCAGCAAAUGUCGUCCGAAACGGCAACUCAAUCACGGUGCCAUCAGGCGAAGUUGUUCCAGGCGACAUUGUUCAGAUCAAAACAGGAGACACAGUACCCGCCGACUUGAGGCUGUUUGAGGUCAUGAACCUUGAAUGUGAUGAGAAAAUUUUAACCGGAGAGGCUGCCCCUGUCGCCAAAGAUAUCGAGUUCGAAGCCGACGGUGAUGAGCUCACUAUCGGUGUCGGUGAUCGACUCAAUAUGGCAUACUCUUCUUCCACCGUGACCAAGGGCCGUGGACGUGGAAUUAUCGUUUUCACAGGGAUGUACACGGAGAUCGGUAAGAUUGCACAGUCUAUGCAAGGGAAGAAGAGAAAAGCCGGCCGGUCCAUGUCCUCCAAGUAUGGCACCCUUCAGCCAUUCAAAGGAGGUGCUUUGCGUAUCUGGGAUGCAAUUGGGAAGUUCCUCGGUCUUACUGAAGGAACCCCAUUGCAAAUCAAACUGAGUAAACUGGCAUAUUCGCUUUUCGGAUGUGCUAUCUUGCUCGCUAUCAUUGUCUUUGGAGUUAACAAAUUCAACGUAACGGAUGAAGUCGCCAUCUACGCUAUUUCAACUGGAAUCGCUAUUAUCCCGGAGUCACUUAUUGCUGUCCUCACAAUCACAAUGGUUGUCGGUAUGACCCAGAUGCGAAAGCGUCGAGUGGUCGUACGACAGCUCAGCGCUCUCGAAGCUCUAGGGGGUGUCACUAAUAUCUGCUCCGAUAAGACUGGGACAUUGACUCAGGGACAAAUGGUGACUCGCAAAGCAUGGCUUCCUGGCGUUGGCAUCUACUCUCUAACGAAGUCCAACGAUGCCACGAACCCAACUCGAGGAACCAUUUCACUUGGCAAGUCACCCGCAACUAGACAAGAGGCCGAACAGGAGCGUGAACAGAAGCGCGCAGAGCAAGAUGCCCUUCGCAGUGCGGCAGGUUUAAAAUUCGAUGUCCCUGCUGAAAAAGCAGAACGUGAUCAACGACGCAAAGACGAAGUUCGCAAUGAAAAGGAGGCAGAAGACGAGGAAGAUGAUGGAUCCGAGGGUGGAAGCCUCCCUGAGGUUGUUCCCGAAUUAGCUGCCUUCCUCGAAUCUGCCGCGUUGUGUAAUUUGGCAUCUGUCCGUUAUGAUAAAGCAGCGAACUCCUGGCAAACAAUGGGCGACCCGACCGAAGUUGCGUUGCAGGUGUUUGCACAUAGAUUUGGAUUUGGAAAGAAAGCCCUUGAAGCUGAGAGUGGCUGGAAACCUUUGACCGAAUACCCGUUUGACAGCACAGUUAAGCGCAUGUCCGUUAUCUAUAAACGCGACAAGGAACCCGGUACUAUAAUAUUCACCAAAGGGGCCGUUGAAAGGAUCUUGGACCUCUGUACCUCUGUUGGAUUCGGCGAACAUCAGGAACCAAUGACCCCUGAAAUGAAAGAACGAGUCCUUGACCAAAUGGGAUUCUUAGCUGAGCAAGGCCUGCGAGUUCUGGCAAUUGCACAGAAGCCUGGCCCCAAGGAGUUUGGGAAGAAUAUGGAAAUCCCAAGAAAUCAAGUCGAGUCCGACCUGACUUUGUUGGGCCUGGCUGGCUUGUAUGAUCCACCGAGGCUGGAGACUAAAGAUGCAGUAAAAGAGUGCACAAUGGCGGGAAUCCGUGUCCAUAUGUUGACUGGCGACCAUCCUUCAACAGCAACAGCCAUUGCAAAGGAAGUAGGAAUAAUUCCGCGAAACACCAGUACCCUAUCCGCGGCGGAAUCGGCAUCACUCGUCAAAACUGCAGCCGAAUUUGAUAGAAUGACGGAUGAAGAAAUUGACGCCUUGCCGUCUCUACCCCUUGUUAUUGCACGAUGCGCCCCCGAAACAAAGACUCGAAUGAUCGCUGCUCUUCACCGCCGCGACAGAUACUGCGCUAUGACCGGAGACGGAGUCAAUGAUGCACCUUCACUUCAAGCUGCCGAUGUGGGAAUCGCCAUGGGUAUGGGUGGCUCGGAUGUUGCGAAGUCAGCCGCCGAUAUUGUUCUUACCGAUGACAACUUCGCCAGUAUUGUCAACGCUAUCGAGGAAGGGCGACGCAUGUUCGAGAAUAUCCAAAAGUUCAUCCUCCAUCUUCUAACAUCGAAUAUUGGCGAGGUCGUCCUCCUUAUUAUGGGCCUAGGCUUCAAAGAUAGAAAUAACAUUUCUGUCUUCCCACUUUCGCCGCUGCAAAUUCUGUGGAUCAACAUGUUGACCUCUUCAUUCCCUGCCUUUGGUCUUGGUCGUGAAAAGGUUUCCGCCGCUGUAAUGCAUCGUCCCCCACAUGACACCAAGAAAGGUGUUUUCACCUGGCAAAUCAUCGUUGAUAUGAUGGUUUACGGUGUGAUCAUGGGCGCUUGUACGCUACUGACGUUCGUGAUCGUGGUUUACGGUGUUGGAAACGGCAUGCAAGAUCUGGGAGUCGACUGUAACCACGCAGCCAGCGACAGCUGUCACGUCGUCUUCCGUGCGCGAGCCGUGGUUUUCGCCGAACUGACUUGGCUCAUUCUCAUCUCCGCAUGGGAAUUCAAGCAUCUCCGCAACAGUAUGUUCAACCUUGAACCAUACCGGGACCAUAGCGAUGAUACCGUCCCUUUCUUCCCGUUCUUCCAUGAUAUAUGGGAGAAUCAAUUCCUCUUCUGGGCUGUGGUUAUUGGUGCGCUCUCCGUAUUCCCAGCAGUGUACAUUCCCGGCCUCAACACCAAGGUUUUCAAACACCAAGGCAUUAGCUGGGAAUGGGGCCUCGCUUUUGGAUCAGUGAUUGUAUUUGUUCUUGGUAUCGAAACCUGGAAGUUCAUAAAGCGCCGUACCGGAUGGUUCGCAGAGGGCGAAGACUACGGCGGCGUGACAGCCAUCGGCUUCCGAAGAAGAUGGCCCAGCCACGAACUCGGCCUGCGUCAAGGCUUCUUCACCUUCGCAAAAUCCCUUACAAAGGGCAGCGAAAGGAGUUUUGCUGUCGGACCGGAAAGCUCUCGAUCGAGUGUCAAUGGUAGAGACCAUCUGCGCCGUCAUGAUGUUUCCAAUGGUAUCAGACCGAAGGAAGAAGUUUGA